CGCCACAAAUUGACAACAAACUAUAAACUUCGAACAAAUCAAGUCGUUUUAAGUUUUAAAUUUAUCUUGAAAAAUGAGUUUGUGGGUUGACAAACAUCGUCCAUCACAACUUCACAAGCUUGAUUACCACAAACAGCAAGCUGCCAACUUAAAAAAAUUGAUUGCCAGUGGUGAUCUACCCCAUCUAUUGGUGUAUGGCCCAUCAGGUGCUGGUAAGAAAACCAGAAUAACAUGUAUAUUACGGGAAUUAUAUGGUGCUGGUGCAGAGAAAUUACGAAUCGAACAGAGCCAUUUUACAACACCAUCCAAUAAAAAGAUAGAAAUAUCUACUAUAGCUAGUAAUUAUCAUAUAGAAGUUAAUCCAAGUGAUGUUGGAAAUAAUGACCGAAUAGUGAUACAAGAAUUAAUUAAAAAUCUAGCUCAAGUUAAUCAACUAGAUUCUUCAUCUCAGAAAGAAUUCAAAGUUGUGGUGCUAACAGAGGUAGACAGAUUAACAAAAGAUGCUCAACAUGGUUUACGUCGUACAAUGGAAAAGUACAUGGCAACAUGUCGUCUGAUACUGUGCUGUAAUUCGACAAGUAAAGUUAUUCCUGCUAUUAGAAGUAGAUGUUUAGGGGUUAGGGUUGCUGCCCCUAGUGAAGAAGAGAUAGCUCAGAUAUUACAGAAUGUAUGUAAGAAAGAGGGAUGCACAUUACCUGCAGAAUUAGCUAAACGUAUAGCAAAUAAGAGCAACAGAAAUCUACGUAGAGCUUUAUUAAUGUGUGAAGCCUGUAAAGUUCAACAGUAUCCAUUUAGUGCUGAUCAAACUAUAUCUGAACCUGAUUGGGAGAUUUACCUCAGAGAUACAGCUACUAUGAUAGUACAACAACAAUCGCCUAAAAGAUUAUUAGAGGUGCGAGCUAGAUUAUAUGAAUUAUUAACACAUUGUAUACCAGCUGAUGUUAUUAUUAAGGGACUACUACAAGAACUGCUAGCUAAUUGUGAUGGACAGUUGAAAACAGAAGUUGUUCAAGCUGCUGCAUAUUAUGACCAUAGACUACAGAUAGGACAGAAAGCCAUUUAUCAUCUUGAAGCUUUUGUGGCUAAAUUUAUGGCAAUUUAUAAACAAUUCUUAGAUGAAGGAAUGGCUGAUUUCUUCUGAGUUUUCAGAUAUUCUGUAUCAUUUUGUGGCAAAUUCAUUGUAUGGUAAAGAUAUUCUUCAUUAAAACAAGGGCUGCAUCAAAAUGAAAGUUAAUUUGUAUUAUUUGAGAAAAGGUCAAUGAUGAUUUUUACAAGGAAAUGUGAAAUGAAUGCAUUACAACAGUAUCACUGAUAUUUUAUUAGGGUAAAAUUAACAUGACUAACAAUAAAAUUAACAAGUCAACAAC